AAAUGCGUUUAUGACAGACUUACAAGCCAUCCAAUCUUUCCAUGCCUAAUGUCCUUGGAUCGUAACACAUGGCAUAUAUGGCAUAAGCACGCUGUUCUGACUUGGCUAUAGUCACCGCUGAUAACUGUUAGUUUACAUAGUAAUGUACCUGUAGGGACGGUUGCGCCCCAUAUGCAGAUGUAAUAUAAGCCCCAUUUAUCCCCAGCAUGAUCACCAGAGCAGUGACGAUGCGGUCAGAAGUGCACCGCAUACGCAUGGACCCUCUUCGUCGCUGAUAUGGAAGGCUUGGUGGGUUCAAAUCCGGACGGCGGGCGCGUCGUACCGCCCGAGGAUGCCAGAGAAACCCUCCGCCGAUGGAGUCGGUGUGAGCACCCGCGCUGUCUGAAGUUACUGCGGAUGAUGGACCGGGGUCAGAGUAGCGGUCACGUGACGGCCCGAUGGCUGCUCGCUCGAAUGCCAGCCACUCGAGCCGGAGACCGUCCGACAGGUGUUUCAGUGCGCAUUCACCGAGUCGGACCCAACCGGGGCCGUUGCACCCCUGCCUGGUUGACCGUCGCGUCGGCGCCCGCUUGCCCGGACGCUGUGCGGCGGGACCUGCAGGGGGCGAGUCUCCACACCACUCCUGAGCCCGCAACAAAGUUUCCACCGACGCUACGGGAAUGCGCGCCCUCUCGUGUCGUCAACCUGACGUCGGUGGUGCAGCAGCUGGCGCGCAUCGACUGGGACGACGUGCAGGGUCUGCGCGGUGCAUGGGCGCCCGGCCGCGCUUACAGCAACUCCAAGCGAGCCAUGCUACUCUUCACCGCCGAGCUGGCGCAACGUCUGCAGGGCACCGGUGUGAGCGCAUGCGCAGUACAUCCGGGUGUGGUGAACACGCGCGUCGCCCGAGGCCUAACGCGUGUGGGAGAACCCUGGUUCGGCUUGCUGUCCACCUUGUUCGGAGUCAAGAGCGCGCGCGAGGCCUGCCAGACGACCGUGCACGCGGCUGUGGUGGCGAACCCAUGCAACGGCUGGUACCUGUCCGAGUGUCGUGCUCGGUGGCCAGCUGCCCAGUGCCCCGACGACGAGCGGGACGCAGGCCGUCUGUGGGCGCUCAGCGAGCUCUGCUUCUCUACAUUGCCGCCGGUGGGAGAAGGAGUUCAAUGACUUGUCGCCUCUGCAGCCUGCAGUCUCGACGUUCACGCUCAUUCUAUACUGCACUGCCUGGGAGCCAUGUCGCCUACAGUUCGCUCCACGCACAUCGGACCCUUUCAACACCUACGCGUGUACAGCAGGCCUGUUACCGUGGUGUGCGGUUACGUCACGUGUGGUGUUCCUACGCGACGUAGGCCGGAGUUUAGCGGACUAUAGAAAUGCUUAUAUUAUAUAAGGCACCGUUUUGGACGUCGAGUGAGAGUGUCAUUUGCCACUUCCUCCGGGUUUGGCGUCCGUCUCUCGCCGAGUGAACUGUGCCAGUCCUGGAGACCGCGUAAUCGAAUGUGGUGAAUUUGGUGGACCGAUCCUGAACCCAUGGUGCAUGGUGUUUCCUCGCAAGGAGUUUAACUCUCCAGAGCCCAACGUGCCAUUCUUGAUGCGUUGAAUUUAUACCUUUAUACCUUUAGGCGCGAGGAACUUAACGCGAAGACCGCGGUAACAUUUUUGAUGCCACGAAGCUAAGUUUCAGAAAUGGGUAGUUUAGGAAACUAACUGACUAAUCCAUUGCUGUUGUAAAUACAUUUUAAUUCAAAUACCAUGUCAUAGUGUUUUGUGUGAUAUAUGGCCUCUUCAUGGCUGCAGGCCAGAAUAAACGUGAAGAACACUUUCUAA